AGAACCCCAGAAUAAAUAAUUACCUGGCUUGAUUGUUCUACGGGUAAGAUUUGUUUUAAAGUACACAUACAGUCCAUAUAAUAAUCGGAUGCAUGUUAAAGAGACGAGAGGCAUCGUCAUGUCGACCACUGGUCCCAUAAACAAUUAUUAUGUAGAUUCUUUGAUAAACCAUGAGAGCGAGGAUGUGCUGACAUCGCGUUUCUCAGCCCCAGAGCUUCUCCCCACCGGUUCUCGACCGACGACACUAGCACCAGAGUGCUCCGAAUACCCCUCCUGCAGUUUUGCGCCGAAACCUCCUGUCUUUACCUCCUCCUGGGGCCCAGUUCACCCCCAGUCUUCAGUGGUAUACCACCCAUACACCCACCAACCUCACAUUGGAACGGACUCGAGGUAUGUUCGCUCAUGGCUAGAGCCCAUAUCUGGAACAAUAUCCUUCCCAGGCUAUCCUGCGAACGGCAGACACUACGGACUCAAAACAGAUGGUUUUCCUCAGUCCGGGGCCGGAGACUCCAUCGCCUUUAACCGCCACGGAUACCCGGAUUAUUUCUACAACACCUCGGUGGACAUCCGAGACAAGACACAGCAGAUCAUCCCUUCUCCAGAGACAGAGGUUUUGGCUUCUGGAAAGCACAAAGACGGCAAGCCAGAAUUUGACCCAAGCAACCCGGUGGCGAAUUGGAUACACGCUCGUUCAACAAGGAAGAAACGGUGUCCAUAUACAAAAUAUCAGACUCUCGAACUCGAAAAGGAGUUUUUGUUCAAUAUGUACCUUACCAGGGACCGUCGUUAUGAGGUCGCUCUGGUUCUUAAUUUGACCGAGAGACAGGUCAAAAUUUGGUUCCAGAAUCGGCGGAUGAAGAUGAAGAAAAUGAAUAAAGAGAAGACAGAAACCAAUGAGCAGUAACGUGCCCUAUGGACACAUUGACAAGUACACAUUCAGAAAAAUGCCACUCAUGAACUGUGGGCGAUGGUCUCUCCUCUUGAUAGAUACUACUUUCCUUUUUUAUCUGAUAUAAUUAAGCCAUAGGCCUAUUAUUGGCAAGGUAGCACAGCGCAAUUUAGGCCCACGUCUCAAUAUGAAUGUAUGCAGCUUGUUUAGACUAUUUAUUCGUUAGUAGGCCUACUGUUUCAUGUCAAGACCCACAAAUGGGAUUUUGGUAAAGAAAGGUAGCCUGUAAGGGGAAGUUGGAUAACUAUGCGUGAAUGGUGUUUCAUCUGUUCACGUGUAUAACAAAACCUGUGUAUUUUUGUACAUGUUGCAUCUUAUUCAAGUGUAAAUUAGUGUUUUGUACACGAAAAUGCAUCAAGGUACAUGGAACGUUUGUCUGUGUUUUCGUCUGUGAAUAUAUAUUUAGUUGUAGCCUGUAUGUCUUUAAAUCUUAUUUUUCUCUCGACACUUGAACUUUAUACUGUAUACUGUAGAUUUUGGUCAUCUUUAAAUAUAACCCAAAUAGUCUAAUUUUCUGUAUUUGUUAUGUCAUUCUUAUUAAAACGUUUAAAAAACUCUUACAUUGAUCAGAAAUAUUAACAUAUGCAAAAAAUGACAUUGGGAGAUGGCAGUGUUCAAGACGCAGUAAAUUCUUGUUAUGAGAUUAGUAAUUCAACAAUUCAAAUAGGCUACAUUCUACAGUUAGAUAUACGGGCCACUUCUUAUUGAAAGCAGCUGUGACUUUUAACUCAUUAUUCUUCAUUUUCUAUUUCCUUUCAUAAUGCACGUUUCCUGACCACUUCCUGCCUCCACUUUUUUUCUGCAAUCUGAAUGGUUCUGGGAGAAACAUUAGGUGACAUUUGAGGCACUGUGUAAACUCAUUGCUCAGAAAACAUCACGUUGCUUCCUUUAUACGUGUUAUCCUUUCAUAAUCAUUUCAGAUUAUUGCAAAAAUUUCAACGAAUAGCUUUUAGGUUGACAUUCUGGCAUUGAAAUGUUUUCUGUAGUACAAACGUCCGCAUCAGUCUAAACCUGGCUAUAUUUCUAAUUGGUGAUCAGUUAACAAAACUUGCCACACGGUGUAACUUCAUUAUUGUGACUCGGGUAUAAUAAAGGCCUAUUUUCUAGGUCAGACUGCAUUUCAUGCAACCACGUUGUAUGGACCUAUCUCAAUGUAGGGCUUUAGCCCGUGCUUAAUUUUAAACAAGGUGUAGGCUAGAUUACGACAAAAGGUUGUUAGAUCUUGGACCACGUGAGUUGUUUUAUUGUUUUUUUUCUCAGCCUUCUUGUGCCUAUGGACUCCACAAUAUUUUAAUCAAAAUGUUGGCUAUAUGAGUCUUGUUGUCACAUCACAAAUCUUGAACAUAGGGCCUACACAUUGAUGACAUUACGAAGUAACUUUCAAUAGGGCAAUGUGUCAUGCAAACUAUCGGUCUUUGAUUCGAGGCUAUUGUGGCUGAGUUGGCGCUCUAUGUUGCAGUUUAGAUGGGUAACAAUGGUCAUGUGUCGUGGGUAUGUGAGACAUAUAACCCACAACAAACGUCGACAGAUUUGCUCACACCCUUUGUCAUGAUGUUAUUUUUGAACAUCUUGGACACCACACUAAUUUGCCAGUCAUAUUUUGCGUUCUAUCAAUUCAUUUGAGAGGAUGUGUGAAGUAUCUUGUCUGGCGUUUAUUUUUCCUUCUUGCUCGCUUUACUAAAUUAGCUUUCCUUUUAAAAAAGUGCCACAAACAAUACUGACAGCAUGCAGAGAUUAUAGAGCCUAGUAUAGUUGGACAUUUCCCUCGUGUAGCGCUGUUUGUCUCGAAUGUAAAAUAACAAAGCAAAUAACAAAGCAACCCUGGCAGAGCUGGCUAGACGUCUGGAGUAAAUUACUUUAUUGUUCUUAUUUGAGGAUAUGGUGUGCUCGUUUUACAGGGGGCUUAUUGCACUUGUUUUUGUCUACUGCAAACGUGACUCCCGCCCGCUUUAUUUUUCCACUCUGCAUGUGGCGGAGGGGGAAAGAGCAACACAUGAAAGGGCCCAAAUUCCACUUCCUUUAUUCCAAAUCUAGCACAGUGCACCAAUAUUCUGUUUGAACGCUGACACUGUCCCCGGUCUAAUGGACAUUUCCGUAAAUCUGAAAUAGCCUCGAUUGAAUUCAACCCAUACCCAUCUAUUUAUGACUUUGGCCUGUCUAUGGCUUCUGUAUAGCCUUUAAAUGUCCACCAUGCCAUAAUUUCUAGUUUGCUAUGACUAUAUGCCAACAAUUAUGAAGACCGCUAUGACUGAUAAAAAUGUUUUGCUCAUUAUUAAAUGGUUAUUGUUUCUACUUUCACUAUUAGGCUAUAGGAUUUGUAUCUUUAGAAGAAGUUAUCAAAUAGCAAGCUACCAGUCGUAGCAAUAGGCCCAUUUGUGGUAGAAGCAUUCUAUUGAUAUGAUUCAUACUGGCAUAUACUUUAAUUAUAUCCAAUCUUCCGCUAUCAUUAUAUAGCCUACCAUACAACACCACCAAUAGUAUUAUAGCCUAAUAAAUAAUAAUAAUGAUGAUGAUGAUGAUGAUGAUGAUGAUGAUGAUGAUGAUGAUGAUGGUGAAGUUUAUAAUAAUAAAAAUAAUAAAAAAUGAAAAAUACAUUUUUAAAAAUAAUUUUCAGCAAAGAUUUCGUUUUUCUAUCUUAGUUUUUUUUUGUCUAAAUGUCAAUUCAAUUGUAUUCCCUAAAUACAAUAUUAUUGUGUCCAUUCCCAUUUUGUUUUCAUUCGGAUGAAGGCCAUUGACUUUCGAAAUGUCAUGAUUUUAACCUAGAUUAGUAAAAUAAAGCAUAAAUAAAGAAUUAGAUAAAUAAAGCAUCAAUAUUUUAAUUGUGAGCGAGAGUUGCACCUAUUCCUUCCAAAUUGUCUAAAUGUCAAUAAAUUAUUGUGGAUCAUAGUGUAAUCAUGCCAGAUUGAAAUAGAAUUGCAAUGCACUACUACUACACAGUCUCAACAUUAAUCCCAACCCAAACAUUGAAGAAAGAGUAGGCCUAUAAUUAUAAAAGUUGAGGACACGAAAUAAAAUGUGUACUUUUCAAGAACCGAAGAGACUGAAUCUUCUACCAAAUGUGUAGGCCUAGCCUAUAUUUCCCGAAAUCACACUCUCAUGGCUACGUGAAGUACUGUAGGUCUAUCACUAGUCCAGUUGGUGUAGUACCACACACCAAAAUGCCACUAGAUGUCGCUGUUGACUAAAUAUUGAAAACGUCCGAGCCCGUGUAGCCUGUUCCCCUAUAUAUAACCUGUAUCGGAAGCCUGUGGGGGACUUCGAGGUAGAUGGUGUCCUUACAGACUAGACCAAUGAUUAGGUCUACUGGUCAUAAAUGUAGAGAUGAACAACCAAUUAAUACAACUGAACAACCAACAGGGCCCGUUUUUUUUGUCAAUAGCCUACCUCUUAUUAAUAGUCUACGCGUAACUUUUACGGAGAAUAAGUAUCUUUCUUCACUCUACUAUGGGCAGUAGUUAUCUGAGAUAUGCCAAUCUUUUUUUUCUUCUUCUUAAAAAAAAAAGAUCGAUAGCGCAAUUUAUCUCGCCUAUGUCUUACGACACUCAUGUAUCUGUCUGCCUCUAUCUCCUUUUUUCUUGUUGUAUUAUUAUAAAGAACACUUCGUUGAGUUAUAACUGAUUAAUACUAUUGUAUCGAUGUGUUUUAUGGAUAGCCGAUAGGUGUAGUGCUGAGUAGCCUAAGAUACACCUGCUACGUCCUCAAAAGAACAUCAGAACAUCUCGGCCAAACUUAAUGUCUAAUGUCUCGUCUUUGUUAUUGUAAACAUAUUGUAAUAUUUGUAUGAUGUUUGCUUUAAUGAAAGACAAAAUAAUUCAACCAACCACAUUUAUUACAGUUUUAUUUUCAUUCAUAAUUGUGUAAGUCAUGUACAAUUAUAAUAAUAAUACAUCAAUGGCAUCAACAACUAUUUAAGCAUUAUAAAAUCAUGCUGGCAAUAGAAAAACAAUAUAAACAAAAUGUUUAUGAUUUGUUAUUAGCAAAUACAAUUUUUUUACAUGUUAACCAUUUCAACUCAAAUAUUUUACUUUCAAUAGGCUAUAGGCUACAAUACCUUUUCUGAAUUCCACUGCCACUGGGUGUGCGGAUGUAAACUGUGUGCGCGCACGUGUGUGCGUGAAUGUAAAUUCUUUACGCAAUGCAUAAACCCUGCCUUAGCAGUCAGAAUAGUUUUUUUAAUCACUUUCUUAAGAGCAAUAAAGGUAGGCCUAUAAACUAGAGAGAAAUGUCUAGAUUUCCAUUUGUUGUGCUUAGAAAUGUACCACUACUCAUUCAAGUAGACAAUGCAUAGCCUAUAAGACCAAACAAAAGGAUAGUUUACAUAUAGGCCUAGUCUAGGCUACAGAAAAAGUUUUUUUCUUGUUCUUAUAAGCAAAAUGCACAAUCCCUUCCUGCUAGUCCGCUUCAAGGUAUAGACAUUCGAGAGCGCCGUGAGAAUGGGAGGGGGUU